UGACUACUACAAGAGGCAAGCAUAUGAAGAAACUUAUGCGACACCAAUCGAACCAAUGCCUAGCCCAGAUAAGUGGCCUGACACUGGUCUGAAUCCGAUACAUCCUCCAACAGAGACAAUUUUACCUGGAAGGCCUAAAAAGUCUAGAAACAAAGAGGCAGAUGAACCACCACCUACUACUGCAACAAAGGCUAGGAGAGUUGGCCAAGUUAAUCACUGCAGCAAUUGUAAGCAAACAGGCCAUUCACGAGUAACAUGCAAGAAUGCAACUAUGGAGGUAAUCUUGGUACACGCCUGCAAGGCAAAAAAAGAGAGGAAGACCACCAUCUCAGAAUCCUACUACUGAAACUAUUAAAAGGAAGGAGCGAGCUAAGAGACAGAAGCAAAGGAAUGGUGGUUCCACAUCUCAGACCAACUAAGAAGCUGCUCUUUAAUCUUAAACCCUUUUGAUGUAGAAAACUUGUUUUCUUUUUGGUGUAGUCGCCAUACAAUAUAGGCAUUACCAUACUUUUGACAUGUACAUAUUCAGUCUGACUUUAUCAAUAUUUUGGGACAUCUUGGCCAUUAGGAAUACUUUUGACAUGUAGACAUUAUGCUACUUAAUAUGUCAUAUGUUUGCUCUGUAAAGUUGAAAAUA